GUGGCGCUUUAGCAUUUUCCGAGAUCCGUGCGCCUGGACUUUGCCUGCUGGGGGAGUUUUUUGUACAGCCCCGCAGCCCGGCGCCGAGCGGAGGUGCAGCCUCUGCGGCGCACCCCCGCCCCCCGCCCUUGCACGUGACUCCCACAGGCCAGUCAGCGCCCGGGAACGCGAGCGCAGGGGCGAGGGGACCCGCGCUGGGAGCUAGGGGAAGCGGAGGCGGCCGGCACAGUGGCUGCGAGAAGCACCGCUGCUGCCGUAGCUCUCGGGGCGCCCAGGGGAGCGCGCGCCCGCUCUCCAGGAGGCUCAGGUCCCGGCAGGACCUGUAGAAGGACGCAGCCGGUCCCUCUGCGUUGGAACCAGACUAUUGCACCCAACGCCGGAGUCUGCGGUGUCCUGAGGACUGUGCGCGGCGACAGCCGCCAGCGUAACCCGAAGGCCCGUUCCCCACGCAGGCGCCCAGGCACCACCCCGCGUCUUCUGCCACUCGUAGGCGCUUGGGACCUCUAGGCCCAGGGGUAGAUUCAGCCCCUCCUCCAGCACCUCCAGGAAGAACCAAAAUUUCAAUUUGGGAUUUUCCUAUAAACAAGAGCCUAGAGUCGUUUUUGCUGGAUGCUGGAUUUAAUACGUGUAUGUUUUUGAGAGAUUUGUUUUUCUUUACUUUUGAUUUUUGAUCUGCGUUUAUGUGACAGACUCUCACCUGUACCUUAUUAUUAUUUUUUCUAUCAUUAUUAUUAUUGUGUCUUGCUGCAUCGCGCCUUGAGUCGCGAGUGACGGGACUCCGAAGCGUAGAGCUCGCGGGGGCGAUGUACCAGAGCUUGGCCAUGGCGGCCAACCACGGCCCCCCUCCCGGGGCCUACGAGGCCGGCGGCCCCGGCGCCUUCAUGCACAGCGCGGGCGCUGCGUCCUCGCCAGUCUACGUGCCCACGCCGAGGGUGCCCUCAUCUGUGCUGGGCCUGUCUUAUCUCCAGGGCGGAGGCGGGGGCGCCGCGUCCGGAGCCACCUCUGGCGGCAGCUCCGGUGGGGCUCCGUCGGGUGCCGGGCCCGGAACCCAGCAGGGCAGUCCGGGCUGGAGCCAGGCGGGAGCCGAGGGAGCCGCCUACACCCCCCCGCCGGUGUCGCCGCGCUUCUCCUUCCCGGGAACCACUGGGUCCCUGGCGGCCGCCGCCGCCGCCGCCGCGGCCCGGGAAGCCGCAGCCUACAGCAGUGGUAGCGGAGCUGCGGGUGCGGGCCUGACGGGCCGCGAGCAGUACGGGCGUGCGGGCUUCGCAGGCUCCUACUCAAGCCCCUACCCCGCCUACAUGGCCGACGUGGGCGCGUCCUGGGCCGCGGCCGCCGCCGCCUCCGCCGGUCCCUUCGACAGCUCGGUCCUGCACAGCUUGCCCGGCAGGGCCAACCCCGCUGCCCGACACCCCAAUCUCGUAGAUAUGUUUGAUGACUUCUCGGAAGGCAGGGAGUGUGUCAACUGUGGGGCCAUGUCCACCCCGCUCUGGAGGCGCGAUGGGACGGGGCAUUACCUCUGCAACGCCUGCGGCCUCUAUCACAAGAUGAACGGCAUCAACCGGCCCCUGAUCAAGCCCCAGCGCCGGCUGUCUGCUUCCCGCCGGGUGGGCCUGUCCUGUGCCAACUGCCAGACCACCACCACCACGUUGUGGCGCCGCAACGCCGAGGGUGAGCCAGUGUGCAAUGCCUGCGGCCUCUACAUGAAGCUCCAUGGCGUCCCAAGGCCUCUUGCAAUGCGGAAAGAGGGGAUUCAGACCAGAAAACGGAAGCCCAAGAACCUUAAUAAAUCUAAGACACCGGCAGGUCCCUCGGGUGGUGAGAGCCUUCCUCCUGCCAGCAGCGCCUCCAGCAACUCCAGCAACGCAGCCACCAGCAGCAGUGAAGAGAUGCGUCCCAUCAAGACAGAGCCCGGGCUGUCGUCCCACUACGGGCACAGCAGCUCCAUGUCCCAGACGUUCUCAGUCAGUGCGAUGUCCAGCCACGGGCCCUCCAUCCACCCGGUCCUCUCGGCCCUGAAGCUCUCCCCACAAGGCUACACAUCUUCUGUCAGCCAGUCACCGCAGCCCAGCUCCAAGCAGGACCCUUGGAACAGUCUGGCCUUGGCUGAUAGUCAUGGGGACAUAAUCACUGCAUAAUGUCACCUCCUUCCCUCCUCAGAUUCCUGCAUGGACUUGGGACUUGGAGGACGGCAGAGAUGAGGCUCUGGGGCCCCAGGAGCCAGCCCGUUCUGUUGGAGAAUGACUCCAGAAGAACAACUGGGAAGAAACUUGAAAUUGACAGUUUGGUUAGGGGAAGUGGGUGUUGGAUUUUAUCAGAUGCCUUUCAAGGGUGGGCUCCUGGGAAGAGCCCAGACUCUGACCUGGAAGAACCCACCCUUUACCAUGAGCACAUUUAAGCCCCUUCUGUGGACUAAGAGACUUCUCUGUUGUUUUCCAGCCCACCCCUCCCCCCUAAGAGACUCGAUGUCCUUUUGCCUUACCCUUUCACCACCGUGGCUGGAGAUGGUGGUUUUUCCAUGGUGUUCUGGGGUUCUGAGGGUUGGUGGAGGGGGCUAGGCGCUGGGACCUCUGGUCCAGCCUGAACCAGGGCACCUGUUUGACCUGUGUGUGGAUGCAACAAGCCCCAGGCUGCUGCUGCCUCUGUCCAGCACUCCCCCUUCAGGCUUGGCACACCCCUGCAUUCCUCAGUACCAAAUCUUGACCCCGGAAGCGUCAGGUGUGGCCCCGAUGCCACUGAAUGCUUCAUGGGGACACGGAGGAGAGGGCUGCUUCACCCACUGCAAGGUGUGCCUUGGCCGAAUCACACCUUGGCAACUUCACCUCUCCCAAGUUCCUUUCCCUGGCUCUCGGCUCAAACCUCCAGUCCCUUCUCCUCACCCCCCAAAGCCUCUGAAAAUAAAAAUCCCUCCACUGC